AUGGCCGCAAAACCAGAAUACGGUGCAAAGGACGAUGCUGUACUCCAUGGACGUCUCACUGCUUGGGAUUUUGCUUCCUGUUUGGCCGAGUGGUCGAACAACGACUCGAAUGAAGUUUUCGUGGACUUUGAAACCCUAGAUGAGAUUCAGAAUCCCGUGAAUCUCAACGUUCACCAUCACGAAGAGCUUGUCAAUCGGAGCGCAGACGAGCUGAAGGCAUACGACAAAAUCCUGAAAGAGCCUUUCUCACAGCGAACACAAAGCCUACGGAAUUGGUACGAGGGAUGCAUCAGAAGAAUUGAACAAGAGGAAUGCAAUUCGAACACGUCUGUACAGCCCCUUAACUUGAAUGCUGUCCAUGACGCAAUCGAAGCUGCAGCAAGUGUUCGGUUCUUUGGGGGUUCCUCUUUGAGGAUCUUGCGGCAGUUUCUUGAUAAAGGACUGGCUGGCAGAAUCAAAUGCCACUUGCAAGUGGGUUCCUGCGAUAUGUCGGCGAACCUAUUCGCAAAUCAGUUCAAUAUCGCCCUCAACCGAGAGGCUGCCAAAGCAGUGCUUAAUCGAUCAACAGAAUUCCUAAAGUUUACUGUCGUACCUUCACACACAGCGCAAAGUAUAAAAUACUCAGCACUAGGCCUGAAGAAUGUUGGAGGCAUUGCCUAG